UGGCGAGUUUCUGUUUGAUGAGAAAUUUGUGAAGGAUGGGAGGCCGGCGUGAAUAUGACCAACAUGGUCGACGGUCGAGCAGUGAAGAAUCUGAAGAUCGAGGCGGGUAUCCCCAAAAUGACCGUAAUCAAGACCGGGGCGUCGACAGAUAUCCAAGGCGAUCGCAACCUCGAUGUUUCAACUGCAGCGAACGAGGUGAUUGCGCUAACCAAUGCAGGCAUCGCUGGCGUGCUCCGGAAAGUAAUCCUUCUACCUCCGGAGAAGGCCAAGAAGGCCGAAGAAGAACAACUGAAGCAGGAGGUUGCCCAAGAAGCGGAACGGAUUGAGCAGGAGAGAAGAACAUGUGAGAGGACGGAGAAAAAACACGUGGAUAGACAACGAAGGGAUGCACAACGUGAUGCGGAGAUCGAUAAGAAGUUGGAGAUACAACUGGCGAUUAAGACGGGUACCUUCUCUGACCGGAUGGAGGCAAACCUUGGACCGGUACUGGAUUUUGUCCGCAAGGCUAAGGCCAAGAAGCAAGUUGUGCACGUACCUAAAGACCUUGGAAGUAGUGAGAGUGAGACGGAGGAGAUUCGCGCACGAACAGGUAGCUUGAUGAUUAGCGAGAAGAGAAAGCGGGGUCUUGAACGAGUGUUUGAUGACAGCCCCCUGAUGCUGACCCCGAUAAAACGUACGCCUCAACGAACGAGGGAGAAGGAAGCUGGCACCCCGGGGCGUAUCACGCACUCGAAGGCUAAGGUGAAGACGAAGCUCUCACCAUUCGUGGAGAAAUUGAAGAAGAGCCCUACGCAGCCGGACAAAGUUGCAAAAUUGCAUGUACAAUGGAUGAUACUGCAAAGUUUCGACCGAUGUUACCCGGAGAACUUGGUUUUGAAGAGAACUGACUCAGGUGAUGGGACUUCGCAGUUUUUGGGGUUCGAAAUCCGCACCAAGCAAACCCAAGCGUACCUCGGUUGUGUGCAGUUGGUUAAAAAUGAGGAGUCUAUCUGGACGGAUGAGAAGCUGAUCUUCAAGAACGGUCAGUCUUACUCAUCUUGGAGCAGCAAGCAGCCGAAGAAUGUGAUCAUGGCAAGUUACCUCCACCGGAUAAAUCAGAACACCACUAUUCGUGCUGAGAUUCCAAUGAGGGUACUGACUGUAAAAUGUGAGUUGAGACUGAAAGGGUUCCCCGAAGAUGCUUUUGAACGUGUACUGAAAUCCUUUGCUGUGGACAAGGAUUCUAUCUGGAAGUGGACUGUUGAUUUGCUGUUUCCUAGAGCAAAGGAGUAAGAUACUACAUACUUCGAUUGAUGGUUGCUCUGGACUAACGUAUUUCUUACGGGGUCCUGAGCUGUAGCUAUGGUUGCU